CUUUGCGAGAUUUCUCAGGUUUUCGUGUCUGUUGUUUCUGUUGAGUCCCACUGCUCAGUAGAACUUCAACAUGGCUUCCGACGGACCGCCGGGGACUGAACCCAUGCCUUCCGACUUGGGGAGCUCUGUAGCGGCCCUGAAUACAUGGAGCAAUCCGGAGCUUCAAGCCAAGCUAGGCGAGCUAGGCGCACCCAACAUGGGCCCCAGAGAGGAGAUGCUGGACAGGCUCAAGGGAUACAUGAUGCAGACUGGAAUGAUGCUCAGCAAGCCCAACCAAGGGGGUGAUGACAAACCUAUGACCCCGCAGGUCAGCGCCAAUCGACCCUAUAAGAUGCCAGGCAUCCCCCCCAUGCCCCCGAUGCCCAUGCCGCCCAUGCCACCUGGUAUGGGUAUGCUCCAGGCGAUGACCAUGAUGGCGGGUGGACCCCCUCCACCAGGGAUGCGUAUGGGAAUGGAGCCUCCAGGCAUGCCCCCCGGCCUCUCCCAGGAGGACCAGCUGAAGAUGGUGCAGCAGAGGGCUGCCAUGAUGAUGCAGCAUGAGGAGAGGGCCAAGCAGCAGGGGGAUUCCCGUGCUAUGGAAGAGCACAUGAAGGAGCAGGAGCUUCUGGAGCAGCAGAAGAGGGCGGCAGUGAUGAUGGAGCAUGAGAGGCAGCAAGAGCUCGCUAAGAUGCAGCAUGGGGGACCAGGGCCCAGGAUGUCUGACCCGGGGCCACGACCCCCUGGCAUGAUGCCCCCCAUGAUGAGAGGUAUGAACCCACCCCCUCCUGGAAUAAAUACUGGUGGAAUGAACCCACCCCCUCCUGGUAUGUCCAUGAUGCAUACCCAGAGACACAGAGUUCCCCCACCGCCAGGAGAGGACGCCAGAGAGGUGUGGCAGGGAGAGGAGGUGGGCAUUGGCCCUAAGAUCCCCCAGGCCCUGGAGAAGAUUCUACAGCUAAAGGAGAUCAGACAGGAGCAGCUAAGCACCGCCCCCACAGAAGAAGAAGAGGAGGAGGAGAGCCAGGAGAUGGAGAUGCACAACACCUCCGCCCCCGUCCUGUCUGAGACGGAAGAGGAUGACGGUUCUCUCUCCAAGAAAGAUAAAAACCGCAAACGCAGGAACCGCAAGAAGAAGAACAAGAAGAGGCGUGUGCAGGAAAAGAGGGAGCAGGCGGUGGAGAAGAAAGAGGAGGAUGGAGGGAAGGAGACAGAGCAAGAGGUGGAGAUCGAGUACGUCACUGAGGAACCGGAGAUCUACGAUCCUAACUUCAUCUUCUUCAAGAGGAUCUUUGAGGCCUUCAAGCUGACUGACGAUGUGAAGAAAGAGAAAGAGAAGGAGCCGGAGAAAAAGGAGGCUCCUACCAUGUUUAAGAAGAAGGGUUUCGAGGAGGAGACAAAAGACAGCGAUGACAGUGAUGAUGAGAUCAGAACAGAUGUUCCCAAGCUGUCUAAGAAGAAGCUGAGAAGGAUGAACAGACUGACUGUGGCUGAACUCAAACAGUUGGUGGCGCGUCCUGACGUGGUGGAGAUGCACGAUGUGACGGCCCAGGAGCCCAAGCUGCUGGUACACCUGAAGGCAACCAGGAACACGGUCCCCGUCCCCCGACACUGGUGCUUCAAGAGGAAGUACCUUCAGGGCAAGAGGGGUAUAGAGAAGCCCCCGUUUGAGCUGCCAGAGUUCAUCAAGAGGACGGGCAUCCAGGAGAUGAGAGAGGCUCUGCAGGAGAAGGAGGAUGCCAAGACCAUGAAGACCAAGAUGAGGGAGAAGGUUCGUCCCAAGAUGGGCAAGAUCGACAUUGACUACCAGAAGCUCCACGACGCCUUCUUCAAGUGGCAGAUGAAGCCUAAACUCUCCAUCCAUGGAGACCUCUACUACGAGGGCAAAGAGUUUGAGACGAGGCUGAAGGAAAAGAAACCAGGGGAUCUGUCAGAUGAACUGCGUAUCGCUCUGGGCAUGCCAGUUGGACCGAACUCCCACAAGGUGCCCCCGCCCUGGCUGAUCGCCAUGCAGAGAUACGGCCCCCCUCCCUCCUAUCCCAACCUCAAGAUCCCCGGACUCAACUCGCCCAUCCCGGAGAGCUGUUCGUUUGGUUACCAUGCUGGUGGUUGGGGGAAGCCUCCUGUAGAUGAGACAGGCAAGCCUCUGUACGGAGAUGUGUUCGGGACUAACGCGGGAGACUUCCAGGCUAAGGCUGAGGAGGAGGAGGUGGAUCGUACGCCGUGGGGAGAGCUGGAGCCUUCAGAUGAGGAGUCUUCAGAGGAAGAGGAGGAAGAUGAGAGCGACGAGGAGAAACCAGACGAAACCGGCUUCUUCACACCGGCAGACAGUGGUCUGAUCACACCAGGAGGCUUCUCGUCAGUGCCUGCUGGUAUGGAGACUCCAGAGCUCAUCGAGCUGAGGAAGAAGAAGAUUGAGGAGGCCAUGGACGGGAAUGAGACUCCUCAGCUGUUCACGGUGCUCCCAGAGAGGAGAACGGGCUCUGGAGGGGCAGCCAUGAUGGCGUCCACACACAUCUACGACGUAUCGGGGGCGAUGGCUGGUCGUAAGGCGGGUGGAGGCCAGGAGUCCCAGGGGGUGGAGGUAGCCCUGGCCCCAGAGGAGUUGGAGCUGGACCCAAUGGCCAUGACCCAGAAGUACGAAGAGCACGUCAGGAACCAGGAGGCCCAGGUGGAGAAGGAGGACUUCAGCGACAUGGUGGCCGAGCACGCCGCCAAACAGAAGCAAAAGAAGAGGAAGGCCCAGCCCCAAGACACACGAAGUGGUGCCAAGAAAUACAAAGAGUUCAAGUUUUAGACCAACAAAAUCACACAGGGAGGAAAUGGUAAGGGAAGAGAGGAGAGGAAGAAUGAGACUAACAGGGCUCAGAUUUUAAACCAUAAGGAACCAGACUGUUUCACUACCACAAAACCAUCAAUUAUCACUGUUUUAUUUUCCUUUAAAUUACAAUGUAAAUAAGUGUCUGGCGGUGUUGGGGUCAAUUCCAUUUCAAUUCCAGUCAAUUCAUAAAGUAAACCAAAUUCCAUUUCCCAAUGUUCCUUAUUGAGCUUUGGAGAUAAUUGGAAUUAGAUGUUCAGUGUAAUUCCUGAAUUGAAAUGAAAUUGACCCCAAGACUGGUGUCCGGUAGAAGCAAUGCCAGGUCUCCUACUCCGUAUGCAGCAUUUGUAAGACCCAUCAAUUCUAUCCUGUGUGACUGUUAUUUGUUCAUGUAACUGCUUUUCUGUUUUUGUAAAUAAACGACUCAAUUCCAA